UCCUAACCCACAAAACCUUAAUCCACUACGCCACUACCCCCUCUCUCUCUCUCUCUCUCUCUCUCUCUCUCUCUCUCACAGCCAGCGGCAACAGCAGCCACCGCCUCCGCCGUCGCCGAACUCUUCUCGUCAACCAGAGGGUGCCUCGCCGCCGGCAGUGACAGACAUAGGGUUCCCUUAUAUAACUACCUAGUUUGUAACAGGGACGAUCCAGAACUUGACAACAUGCUCAAGGAAAGAUUAAGAUGGGGUGAUCCUAUGGCACAUUUGGUAAAGAAAAAAUAUCCAGAGCCUGUUCUUCCGGAUUUGGGAGAAGGUGAGAAGAUGAAAGAAUCAGGUUUUGUUGUUCCGCAAGAUAUUCCAGAUCACAGCUGGUUGAAAAGAGGUUUAGAUGCUGCACCAAAUCGCUAUGGGAUAAGGCCGGGACGACAUUGGGAUGGAGUUGAUCGUAGUAAUGGUUUUGAGAAGGAAUUGUUCAAGAGAACAAAUGAGAGGCAAGCUCGAGACAGAGAAGCUUAUCUUUGGUCUGUCUCCAAUAUGUGAAAAAUGAUAGUGUGUAGGUGGACAUGUUUGUAGAUUUUAAUCAUAUGGAUUUUGAAGGAUUUAAGGUUGAUAUGGCCAAGAUUCAAGGGAGCUGGAAAAUUGAUUAGUUCUGCUACCCUUAGCCAGCCAAAAAUUCUUUGCAUCCCAUCACUUCCUAAGUAAAUGGCAACAUUGGCAGAGCGCGUUCUUUGGUUCCGAAAUACUCAACACAAUAAAUAAAAUAAAAUACAAAUUCAAACUGAUUAAGAGAUUGUCUUAGGCGCAUAUCAAUAUUCAAAACAAUAAAAGAAGUUGACGGAAAGUUUAAGAUCG